UCCUUCGCGAUUUAGAAAGCCGGGUGUUUGCCUCCGUCGCGUUUCACUUGAGUAAAUUAUAAUUUAAAUCGACCUAAACCGUUUGUUUUUAUAUUCCAAACUGGAAUAGUCUUCGUGCGGUCGUUUGAGGUCCGUCUCGGAAUUCAAAGCUCAUCGAGUCUCGAUGAGAAAGGAUUUCUACCGCCGACCUCUCAACGUGGAUCCCUGACACAGACUCUCCCUGUAUCUUUUUCCACACGACGGAUUUCGACCCCCAACCAUUGGAAUAAUCUUCACGAACUCACAUUUGGGAUUAUAGGAAGAUGCUUCUGUCUAAACUGAACACGUUUGCCCACAUUUCCACCGUGGAUAUGCCGGCGAAAAUCCAGCUUCAAGUUAAGGAGAAAGAGCCAUUUGAGAAGGUUUAUCAGGUCGGCUCUGUUCUGGGAAGCGGUGGUUUCGGGACAGUCUACACGGGUUUGAGGGUCGCCGAUGGCGCGCCGGUUGCCAUUAAACACGUUGCAAAAGAUCGCGUGACCGACUGGGGAGAACUGCCCAAUGGCGCACGCGUCCCUAUGGAGAUCGUCCUGCUGAAGAAAGUCGGUACCGGAUUCCGUGGUGUUAUCAAGAUGCUGGACUGGUACGAGCGACCGGACAGUUUCAUUAUCGUUAUGGAAAGACCGGAGGCCGUCAAGGACCUGUUUGAUUUCAUCACGGAGAAGGGCGCGUUACCGGAGGAGCUGGCUAGGAACUUUUUCCGCCAGGUUCUGGAAGCGGUGCGUCACUGCCACGCCAACGGCGUCGUGCACCGAGACAUCAAAGACGAGAACAUUUUGAUCGAUCUGCGGACCGGUGAUCUGAAGCUGAUCGACUUUGGAUCGGGGGCAUUGCUCAAAGACACCGUUUACACCGAUUUUGACGGUACUCGUGUUUACAGCCCACCAGAGUGGAUUAAAUUUCAUCGCUACCACGGUAGAUCUGCCACUGUGUGGUCUCUGGGCAUUUUGCUGUACGACAUGGUCUGUGGGGACAUCCCAUUCGAGCAAGAUGAGGAGAUUGUACGCGGUCAGGUGCUGUUCAGGCGGAGAAUCUCCACAGAUUGCCAGCAGCUUAUCAAGUGGUGUUUGGCCCUCCGCCCUGCAGAUCGUCCCUCUUUCGAGGACAUCAUCAACCACUCGUGGAUGCAGAAUACGGCACCGUCUACGGACGGCACGGAGAUCAGACUACACAGCAUCAGCCACGAACAUCAACCUGCUGCUUUCACAGCCGUCACCGUGUGCAAAUGACUGAAUCUAAAUGCGCACACAAGAGACUUUACAUUACAAUAGUAAGCCACCAGAAGAGCUCUGGAUCGUGCAGUGCAAAAACAACACGUUUUACUUUUGUUUUGAGCAUUGCUGCUGGUUGGGUGCUGACCGUUCUAGGCUAGGCCAUGAAUGGAAGAGGCCCACCUGGGUCUUGUCUCCUGCUAACCUGUGGCUCAGGGUCCCAAAUAUCACCAAAUGGCACCGCUGCAGUCAGACGCGGGUAGAUUGAGAUGCCCGUCUUGACCGGUGUAGAGAGAAGCUCCGAACACCUGAAGCAGGGCGGACCGAGAUGGGUCGCUCUUGCGGGCUACGAGCGGGGCGACUACAGGAGCAGAUCAGCCGAGCUUAAUAAUUUUAGUGCCUUCUGUGCCAGAUCAAGGGUUUAUUUUUUGUGGAAAUACUUGAAUUGAGUAAUAGCCACUGUAACACUCUACUCCUUAACCAGAUGUCUUUUUAUUACCUUCUUGCUUCCACUUUACUUGCUUCGUGCGGGUAACUGUUGGUCUUACUCUCUGAGUAACCAAAGCGACCUCACGAAACCUCUGCAGAAUGAAAAGUCUUACCUCACUUUAUCAAUUAACCCUCUCGGUUUCAUUUCUUGUACCGGGUAAUCCUCAACAACUACUACCACUUAUUGUCACAGAUGCACAAAGCAAUGCAACUCUUAACUUCAUUUUUUUUUCCUGGUUAUAUUGUAAAUAUGUAAUAACUUGGUCAGUUGACUAUUCCUAAACGAGGCUUGUAUGUAAAUUAUUUAUUUGAGUGUCUUAAAAUAAGAGAUGGAAGUGGAAUUAUUUAUUUAUUUAUGAAAAGUUUGUUUUUUGCUGAAUUUUUCUCAUUCCACCACCGAAGGGCCCACGGAUUAUUUAAAUGUAUUUUUAUCAUAUUUAAAGCCUUUUUUUGUUCUGAGAAAGAUCUGUGUAUAUAUUGUAAAUAAUCCUCGAAAGCACUUCUGUUUCUCAAUGCACGGAGUACUGAACGUCUACUGAUGGCAAACGACGCCGGUGUGCUGGUGUCGUCGUGUUUGUCACCUCAUGUAAACUGUCUGCUGUGUUUAUGUUGGAGGAAAUUACCUCAUGAAUGUCUGAGGAACGAGUGGAUUAGUUUUCCUUCACUAUUAGCAGGCAUGACUGCAACCUGGAUUUUGUCUUUUUGGUUUAGCAAUGUAAAUUCUUUAGAAAGAUAUUUUUUUACACAAUUGUCAAUAAAUAUUUUUUUAACAUUC